AUGCAGACAAGUGAUGAAGGUAAUGAUGAUGUAUUGUGUUUCAAAUCGGAAAAGUUUCUCUCUAAAUUAAGUGUCUUGUAUGAAGAUUAUUUGAUGAAUACAACACCAAGUAGUAGAGAAUUAUUCUUGCAAGCUAUUAGGCGAGGUUUGAGUAUUAAUAUAUUGCUUAAUUAUUUGGAAUCGUUGCCAUCCUCUCAUCGCACUGAUGAAGAAGAGCAAGAUUAUUCCGAAUUAAUUUCCAAUGAUAGGGAAUUGUUGAUGGUUGCAGCUCAAACUGGCCAUUCUAUUACAGAGUAUAUCAGUGAUGAAUUGUUGGUUAGUGAUAGAGAAUUAAUAUUGACAGCUGUGAGGAAUAACUUUAGAAAUUACAUAAUGCUGGAUGAUGAUUUGCAAAAUGAUAAAUUUGUGAUUUUGGAAGCCUUGAAAGGAACAAAGAUUGCUCUUAAUCAAUUACCAUUUGAGGUUUUCUCUGAUAGGGAAGUGAUGGAAGCAUGUAUUGGAGUAGAAUUAAGUGGAUGUUUGGAUUACUUUAAUGAUGAUGCCAGAGAGGACAGAGAUUUGGUAUUGAAAUGUGUCAGAGCUUGUGGAAAUGACUUGAAUCAUGCAAGUGAUCUGUUAAGGAGUGAUAGGGAGAUUGUUUUAGAGGCAGUUAAGUCUAAUGGUGGAUCGUUAAAGUUUGCUUCUCAAUCUCUAAAAUCAGAUAAGGUCAUAGCUUUGGAAGCCAUGAAUAAUAGUUUGGAAGCAUUUCCUUUCAUUUCAAAAGAUUUAAAACAGGACGAGGAGUUUAUUAACCAUUGUUUAGAUAAUUUCAAAAUUACCUCUUUGAAGGGUAUAAAUGAUUCUUUAAUGAAGAAUAGGAAUGUUGUGAUGAACCUUGUUAGGAAUGGAAUGUCACUCUCAGUAACACCAGAAGGGUUUCGCUGCGAUAGAGAGAUUGUAUUAACAGCUGUUGCAAGAAGAGGUUCUGAUUUACAAUUUGCUAGUGAUGAUUUAAAGAUGGACGAGGAAAUUAUUCGAACAGCAGUGAAACAGAACAGCUCUGCACUUGAAUACGCACACGAAUCAUUCCAACUCAAUAAGGAAUUCGUACUUGAUUCGAUUGGAUCCAAAGAUUCUGAAAAUUGCUACCUGCACCCAGAUCUAACAGGUAACAGAGAUUUCGUCUUGGAAGCUAUCAGAAAGAAUGGCUAUCUUCUUCACAAGACCAAAUUCAAGGAUGAUUUUGAUAUGAUUAUCGAAGCUUGCAAGUCAAAUCCCUUCUCUCUUUUCAAACUCAAGCUAUUCCAACCUGGACUAUUUCACAACAAAUCAUUUGCAUUGCAAGUUGUAGCCAUUAGUGGCCCAUUGUUGCAAUUGUUCGAUGAGAGAAUUAAGAGGGACAAGGAAGUGGUUCUCACAGCGUUGGAACAUGAUGAGAAUUUGUUCAAUAUACAUGGAAUCAGCUCUCUAACAUCUAUUUCUCCAGAACUCAUCAAGGAUAGGGAAUUUAUGAGUGAGGUGGUUGAAUUGAUUAGGAGGAAGAGAUUUUAA